AGCAGAGUCUUACAAUCUGGUCGGGUUAGAUUUUCCCGGGUAUAAAUGCUGACAACUUAAUAUAACUUUUGAAUGCUGUGAUUUGUCUGUCAAAACUUUGCUCCUCUUCAGUUCUCCGUCUAUAAUUCAUCAUGUCUAAGACAGUAUCCUCUCAUCCCAAAUACUCCGAGAUGAUCGCUUCUGCUGUUACAACAUUGAAAGAAAGAAAUGGAUCAAGUAGACAGGCCAUAAGCAAGUAUGUAAAGGCAAACUACUCAGUGGGGGAACAAGCUGAUACACAUGUCAAGACCUCGCUGAGAAAGAUGGUUUCCAACUGUGAUCUGCUACAGACAAAAGGGACAGGUGCUAGUGGUUCAUUUAAAAUCAAUAAAGCUAAACUGCAGGCCGAGAAGAAAGCAGCAAAGAAAGUCGAGAAGGCACCUAAAAAGUCAGAAGGUUUGAAAGAGAACAAAAAACUAGUGGCUAAGAGAUCAUUGACUAAAAAGGUGACAGACAAAAAACCAGCAGCUAAGAAAUCGGCAGAUACCAAGAAGCCAGCUACUAAGAAGAAGCCUGCUGCCAAGAAAGCUAAGCCACCUCCAAUCCCAUCCGAGACUGUCACUGAAUCUUCCUGCUCUGAUCUUGAAUCUUCAGAAGACUGAACUCAUCUUGAAGACAAUAAUUAAUUGUGUACAAUAAUUGUUCUCUUCUUUGCUUUUGCUUCUGUAUCUAUGCUCAAUUUCAAUCUCUCACAUGGUUUCAUAUUCUAUUCAUGAUCAUCCAUUAUUUUA